AUGGACAGCGUCUCUACAACAAGUCUGCUCGCCGGUCAGUCAUUGUCCGCCACCUUUGGCCAUCACACGAGAUAUAAUGGUGAAGCUGGAACUGUUCCAGAGUCCACGCUUGAAAGCAAUUUUGAUCCCAAUGACGAGUCUUUCUUUGCACCCACCGCUGUGGGAGACACCAGCAAUGAGCUUGACUUAUUCGACUUUACUGAAACGAUGGAGGGGACCGGCUUCUGGUCGAUGGCAGCAACGGAUACCCAAUUCUGGUUUGACGGCAGUGACACCCUCAGUGAGUUUCUGCUACUGGAUGUACCCUCAACUACCGAUUACCAAGACAUGGCACAUUCGACACGAUCGCUGUCAAGCAAGAUGCAAGAUUGGUUCAGCGCGACGUCUCGCUCGAGCUCUCCAUCUCGCAAUCGGAUCCGCAAGAUGUGGUACUCUGGCAUGCCUGACCCUGAUCACUACAAGAAAGAGGUCAAGGAGGUAUUUCUGCGUCUAUUCAUGAAGCACAUACCACACUCGUUCCCUUUAUUCGACCGCAAGCACAGCUCUGAACACGAGCGCCCAGUAAUGUAUGUGCUAGCUAUGGCCGCUGUUGGCGGUCUCUUCUGCUCGGUACCUGGAAGCGGCGAGGUAGCACGAUCAAUGUGCAACGACGCUCGAAGGCUUGUUCUGGCUGCCUAUACCGCAAGAAACUUAGUAGACCCAGGUAGCGACACGGUCGAGAGCAGGCUGGUCUCUGUGAAGACGAUGAUACUUCUCGGCAUCUACGGGAUAUGCAGUGGGGACAAACGCAGCUACGAGUUCUACGAGGCGUUUUAUGCAGACAUGUCUCAUGUAAAGUGUCCCAUCCGAGCCACUCUACCAUCGCUGGCUAACCCUAGCUCGUCACAGGCGGUCGAAGAGUUUGCUAGCUCUCUAGAAGAAGGUGACAACUUUGUGGCAUGGGACAGUCAGGUUGCUUGGUGGGUAGAGUUGAGUCUGACAGAACCACGGGCUAACAUCUAG